CCAGGACUCAUUUCUUUUGUCAUUGUGAUGUAUGUUUUGUCUAGCCUUCGUCUUUCCCUUUUGAAAAUUUCUUCACUUUUGUUAAGCAACCUCCUCAAACUGAAUCUCCUGUAGUCGAAUUUUCCAGUACCCAGUUAUCUAUCUUCUCAUCUCCUCGUCCUCUAAGAAGCAGGCGCGUGGUGGGGCGAAGAUCGUGCCACUGCGUGUCCUUUAAGAGUUACGGCAAAAUUCGGCUGCUGUGUUUUCCAGGCGCCGGCGUCUUCGGGAUGGGAGGCAAACUUGCGAAAGGAUCGCAUGUCAACGGGGAGGGGGAGUUCCGUAACCAGUAUCGCCUGGGUCGCAAACUCGGUGAGGGGGCCUUCGGCGUCGUGCAUGAGUGCCGUACUAUAACUCGUUCUACUAGAUGAAACCCUUCGUUAUGAUGCAUGAAUGCCAUACUAUAACUCAGUCUAUUAUAGAUAUACUUAAGAAUCACUUCGUGAACAAAGGGUUAGUAGUUUGUAGACUUAGCAUGAGUCCUUAUGGAUUUGAAGUACAAGAAGAAUGACUACUAGGAACGACUAAAAUAGGAGAGGGGAAGUGCAUCCAUGUCUAAAAUGUAGUCUGGAUGCGUAACUUUUCAUGCGAUUGCGUUAUGGUUCGUCGCAUCCCCAACACACAUCAUCCAAAACCUCCACCUCAGGUAAGCGUGACGUGAAAAAUGACGGUACAUCGGGCGAAGAUGGCGAAGCGAAAUACGCAGUGAAGAUGAUAGAUCGUGUCGAGGCAGAUACCUCCGAUAUCACCAUUAUGUGCUUGCAUAUCUUACCACCUUAAUACUGAAAUGUUUUACAUGCUGACUCAGUGACCUGGAAAAGAAUUUUUCCCGAUGGGCUUACUAUUACCAGAAUGAUUUUGAUUGCUUGUUGUACCAUAGUAUCAUUUUCACGAGCACUGCGCCCCAAGAAGAACAGCACAAACAUUUGUCUCCUCCUCCCAUUGUCUUCUUCUCCCAUCUCUGUUUUCAUAGUCAGAGAAAUUGAGGUUAUGGUGAACCUGGAUCAUCCGAAUAUCGUCGGCUUUGUCGCUGUCUUCCAAGAGAAAUGCUUUGUGUGUAUCGUCAUGCAGAAAUUCAACGGCGGAGACUUAGUGGAUGGUUUGCAGCUGCAUUUGAAGAACAAAGGCAAAAUUCCUGAACACAUUGGCUCGCGUCUUUAUGCCUUUUCAUAGACUCUGGAUGAGUUGCACACUCGUACCAUCUCCUCUGUGAAUGGACUAUGUACAACAAGUGUAUAAUGAUUUCUGUGAAUCAAUGAGAUGAUCACUUCGUAGUUCUACUUUGAAAUUAUAGCGCCUAGUAAAGGAUGUGGAUGUAGAUGUAAUACAACAUGGAUAAUGUUCAUGCUGUAAAUUCUUCGCAGUGCUGGCUGGCUACGAGGAGUUCUCCUCGAUGUUGCUGAAUUUUGAAUUUCUUUGGUAUGUUGUAGUUAUUUGUACCAAGCAAUGAACCCCUACCCCUCUAACAAACGUGUUUGCAAAUUUUCGCGGCUACGGAGCAUUGCCACGCAAAGGGAUACAUUCACCGUGACAUCAAGGGAGACAAUGUGUUGAUGGACCGCGUUGACCUGUCUGACCCCAAUUGUCACCUGGUGAUCACUGAUUUCGGAACAGCCAUUGCUCAUCAACCGAACAAGAUCCUACGUCAGUUUACCGGAACAAGAGUAUUUACUUAAAUCAUUUAGUCAGUCUGGUAGAUCUAGUCACUCUAGUAGACUUAUGAUGUAUGAUGCUCAGGUUUCGUCUUCCAUCAAGAAAUAUAUUCUCGUAGUAUAGUUUUGGACCUCUCUUGACUGAUAUAAGCCCUCUCGACUGAUAUAAACCCUCCCGACUGAUACAAAGAACCCUCUCGACAACUGGUAAGAACAACGCCAUCGUUCACAUAGGUCUUCUGGAGUCCGGAGAUGUGCCAGCGUCGGUAUAGUUUCCCUGCGGAUACUUGGGCGUGCGGCGUUGUGAUGUACGGUCUCGUGGAUGCUACCUUCCCCUUCCGCGAUGAGCGUCAGAUCUGCGAGAAAGAGCCAAGGAUGCCAGGUUACGCGACUCCCCAAUGCAAGGAUCUCCUUACGAAGAUGCUCUGCAAGGACCCAGAAAAGCGUAUCAAGAUUCAAGACGCACUAAAGCAUCCGUGGAUUACGGCACACGCGCCCGCGACACCAGUGGCACCGCCAGCGGCGGUAGGACUGAUUACAUUCAUUGAUUUGAAAUUUGUUCCAUCUGCCUGUAAGAUGGGUCAUUAUAUUUGAACAUUUAUGCUUUUCGAGAUGUAAUUACAUUUUCACUGUGUAAAUUUUUGUAAUUACAUCUUCACUUCCUUCUUGUCACAAUAAAUUGUUUCUCUAUGAGCAUGCACACGCUUCGGUUAACAACGCAUUUCAUGCACUUUUGAUCACAUUUUUCAUCAGGCUAAGGAGGAAGCCGAAGAGCAGGCCUCGAGCGACAGUGUGGUUGGCAGAGAACAAGUACCACAGGCGAUGGCAUUGCGCCGAAAAGAGAUGGCGCAAGUUUACAAUAAGAAAGAAGGCGUGAAGAAGUUUGAGAUCGUAGACUUCAAGGCAGAGGGUCUGCACGCCGGUGAAAUGAUCCACUACAAAUGGUUCGAUGCCAAAGACGCGGCUAGUCUGUACGAAGUCUCCGGCGCUGAUCAGACCGGAAAUAAGGUUAUGACGCAAGCUUUUCAGAAAAUAAUUUUGCAACUUCAUCUCUCCGUGCAAAGAAAGUCAUCUACUGGCAUAACAUGCGCAGCAGGGGUGUUGCAUUACUUAGAGUUGUAGAGAUACUUUGUUCGCUCAGACAAGAUGUCAAGCCGUUUUGAUUUUUUACCUCUCUCUAACCCAAGUGCCAAGCGCUUCGUCUGGACCCCAAAGACGCUUGAAGAGCAUCUGCAGAAGAACCAGAUCAAGACGGCGAAGUUUGGAACUGGAAAGGCAAAGACUCUUGCGGAGUUGUGCGCUGAGAUCACCGAAGGUGAGUGCUCCCUCAUGCACGACUGCACCGGCGGCUUCUCUUCCUCCAAGAUCGUUCGUGUGGUCGAGCUUGUGCUGUUGCGCAUCCGCGCCCAGGGCCAGAACGGAACCACGUGCACACUUAUCGAGGCGAAAGAAAAACUCUCGGACGGACGUGAAUACGAGACCUGGCGUUUGCCCGGCGCCAAGCAGCGCCCGAACGAGAGUGUCAAAGCCACCGCAGAACGCAUUGUCGGCGAGCGCCUGCACAUCGACAUUCGUACCCAACUCUUUGAUGGAAAAGGACUAUUUGAAUUUAAUGCAGUCUUUCUACACUCAUUGGCCAGUUAUCCACUCAAAAAGUCAACGACUGAUAGCUAAAUUCCAAUUGCUGUUCUUUAGGUCAAGAUUUUUAUUUCUUUUCCCUCAUAUCCUACGUUUAUCCCAUCAAAGAAUUUAUUUUUUUUGGCCAACGCCAAGACUUUCUGAAUCCGGUCAAAACCUCCACAGGCAAUAUCGGUUUCAAAUGGCAAGAGAAGGAGAUUGCUGAGGUGAAAGAAGAUUCUCCCUCUUAUCCGGGCGUCGUCACGGUGUAUCGUAAGCACAUCAUCGAAGGUGCCAUCCAAAUGCAGACCCUGAAGCCAUCCGAAGUCGCCGCGAUCGGUGGCGUGAAGAUGGAGGCAUUCAUGACGAAGGGCGCAAAGAAUGAGAUGAAGACGUGGCAAUGGCUCGCCCCCAAAGAUAUUUCGAAAAAGAAGAUCAAGACGGAAGGUACCUACAAUACUAGUACAGGUUCACGAUCAUGAUUUGAUUUGAAACUGGAGGGUACUAGGACUAGUCGUGUGCGAAUCGUUACUCGCACAACAAGGUAAAUUACAGGAUGACAUUCAAAAAUGUGUCAGAUUUAAACGUUAAGAUCUGUUGUAAUCACCACAUUUUUGAUAUGCUCUCGUGUGUCAACAUUGCUGAAGGUAAGAAGGCAACGGACGAGGUGUCUUCGCUGGUUGCUUCCAACUUGAAGAUCGAUGACGAGGGCUUGAAGGUGCUGCUCGAGGAUGGGAAGAUUGAUGUGACCAAGUUCGGCGGAAACGGUGCCAAGACCAUCUUCGAGGUCGCGCAGGAGAUUGCGCGAGGCGAAUGCCACUUGCAGGUGUCGGGUCCCGGUGUCGUUGCCCGCGUCGUCGACGUGGUCUUGCUGCGCAUCUCGGACGCGGCCAGCGGUAAGAUCUUGCUGGAGACCGCGCGCACCAACGAGCGCACUGGCGGCAAGAAGGCCAAAGACCAGCUUCCGGGUGCAAAGUCGCGUCCCGCGGAAAGCAUCUACGCCACGGCCAAGAGAAUUACGAACUGCUUGCUCCACAUCCCGGAGGACAAGCUGCACUUCGGCUCGCAUAGCCUCUUCGAGCAGGAAGUUCCGAAAGACGCGCGCUACCCAGGCCUCAGCACCGUCUACCGCAAACACGUCAUCCAUGUCACGGCGGAUGCUGCCUCAGCAUAAAGCUCGUAGCAGCUGCUUUACAGACGGGUGUAUGCGCCACUUCUAGUUGAUAAUUUUGAUACGUCACUUCACAUGAUACUCAGCAGUUCUAUUAAGUAAGUAGAUGCAAUUCAUGGUUGUAGUUUUAAUUUUGCUAGUCAUUACAACAUUCAACUUACGUAGAAGUAGAGGUGCAGAUUAUUAGGAGACAAGAAAUUUUGUUCUCCUAGUCGCAGUGCAACAUGUAAGUAUUUUCAUUUUGACGUUUCUUGUGUCGAAGUAUCUUAUAAAUGUGAGUUGUGCAUCUAUAUGACUUGGAUGCAUUUCCAUAGGUUGCAUCAGAUCUUUAGAAGUCACUAGCAGAUGAUUCAACAAGAUUGAGAUCCAAAAAGCCUAGUUUGUUUUAGCAACGCAGCAAAAAGUUAUCUUAAGGCGGGAUCUACUUUAGCUGUGCCCUAGUAUCAGUUGGCUUCACGACCUCACGAGCAGUACACGCCCUCACGAGCAAAUUUAUCGCAUCAAAGUUACUGCAUGUGAAAGAAAAGAAAUUCUUAAAAGUAGUAAUACGACGUUGACCUCCUCAGUAGUUGAUCCCAGUUUAACGUAGUAGAUUCGAAGUAGCUUUUUCAUAUUCGGGAAUUAAGUUGGAGUUAUUAUAGUUUUACUCACAAGCAAACACGACAAAGCAUCUUGCUUCUCACUCUUACGCACUGCGGGGAGGCUCAGUCUAAAAUAGAAAAAAAAUUUCGGUAGUACCAGUGGAGAGUAAACUUUUAGAUAACAUCAGGGUUUCGAUAGUAGACGACGCACAUUAUUACAUAUCAUAGCAUUCUCUUGGUCCGUCUGAUUGCUCAUUGAGUUACUGUUACAAUCGGAUAAUUUGAGGUUCAUCAUGGUACUUUGAUGGAUUUAAUAACAUUCAUAUUCAUCGGGGAAUGAACCGUCAAGCUCAAAGACAUGAUUGAUUUCACCGCAUGAUUCAGGAAUAGUGCAGACACACAUACUUAUCUAGUGUCAGCUUCAGUGACACUGGAAAGUGGAAAUACCGCAGGAAGGACAUGGACCCAGAGAGAAGCCAAGAUGUACGCGAGAGACCCCACAACAGGCAGCACACUUCGGAGGUGCUUGCGACGUGGAGCCACUCACAAGGAGAACGAUGAG